GGUGAGGCCAGGCAGUGGAUUUGGAGUUGCUGUGCCUCCAGUGCACGGAUCUUCAGCGCGUAGUUGCAGUUUCUAGGCUGGAGACACUUUCCGUCUCGUCUAGGACCUGCGCUACUGUGAGAGGUGUCUCGUCUGCUGUCGCUGGGAGGUCCUGCCUCCAGUGCACGGCACUUCAGGGCGUAGUUGCAGUUUCUAGACUGGAGACACUUGCUGUCUCGUCUAGGACCUGCGCCUCUGUAUAAGGUGUCUCCUCUGCUGUCAGUGAGAACUGAGGCAAGGGAAAGGACUUCGAGUGCUGUGCCUCCAGUGUACGGCACUUCAGGUUGCAGUUCCAGUUUCUAGACUGGAGACACUUGCUGUCUCGUCUAGGACCUGUGCUGCUGUGGAAGAAUCAUCCAGAUCUGUUAUCGCGAGGUGUGUAGGAAAAAUUAAGAAGAUUUAAGAACCAUCUCCCAUACAAAUGUGCUUUUGUGCGUACUUCAUCGCUUGGAUAAAUAGGCUAAGAAGUCAACAGAACGAAACAGAGGACUCCCCUGAAUCGAGGUAUACUCAUACGGAAGAGAGGAAUACUACUGACAACAUCUGUCCCGUUUGUUGGAAUCCUGAAGAGUCAGGUGUACACGAACAAUGUCAGACGUACGAGAUGCAUGCUUUCGUCAUAACUGAGGUCCUGCGAGAGUCUUCACUGUGAACAGUCACCGAUCUGAAUCGUGAACGGACACCGUUUCACAAUACUUCUCGAGAAAGAAAAACAUACCCAUGGACAACUCUUACAAGAUGGCGAGCUCAGACGUGGAUUAUUACGACACGGAGACAGUCACGGCGGACGAUGACAGCUUGACCAAUUCCACGACGAACAUGUGUGAAAUGCCAGGGUCCGCAGCACUGUCGUCGACACCGUUUGUGGCGCUCGUUGUCGUGUUGUACGGCGUCAUAAUGCUGGGGUCGGUGGUGGGCAACGGGCUCGUCGUGUACACCAUCACGGGGAACAGAGCAAUGCGCACAGUGACCAACCUGCUGCUGCUGAACCUCGCGCUGGGCGACCUGCUGCUUACGCUCGUGUGCAUUCCCUUCGUCGCGCUGCCGGUGCUCAUCUUGCAGCACUGGCCCUUCGGCCUGCUGCUGUGUCAGCUAGUCAGCUGCGUCCAGGGUAUCGGCGUGCUGGUGAGCGCGUACACGCUGAUCGCAGUGAGCGGGGACCGCUACCGGGCUCUACGCUGGCCACUGCGCGCGCGGCUUGAGGUUCGCGGUGCGCUGCGUUUCAUGGUCUGCAUCUGGUUGGCCGCCGCCAUCACAGCUGCGCCCAUCGGCAUCACGUCUCAGCUCUCGCAGCCGACCGAGUGGCAUCAGACCUGUAGCCGGUUUAUGUGCCGCGAGGAGUGGGCCAACGAGAGUCACCGAUACGCCUACACAAUAACUUUGUUGACUUUUCAAUACAUAUUCCCGGUGAUAUGUCUGCUGGUGACGUAUACUAUGAUUGUGUACAUGGUGUGGAAUCGAGCCCAGCCUGGUGAGGAAUACCACCUUAGGGAAGUACGCGCGCUGAACGCCCGAAGGAAGGUUAUCGUUAUGAUGAUCGCUGUCGUUACAGCAUUUAUGAUUUGUUGGCUGCCACUGAACGUUCUCCUACUAGUCGUCGAGCACCAGCCGGCGAUCGAGCAGUGGGCCGGCCUCCCGUACUUGUACCUGUUCUGCCACUGGUUUGCCAUGUCGCACGCGUGUUGCAACCCCAUCAUCUACAGUUGGCUCAACGCGCGAUUCAGAGCCGGCUUCUGCCUCGGCCUGUCCAAGAUGCCAGUCAUCGGCAAGUGGAUCCCACACCACACUAUACUAGACGCUGCCGACCUCGUGGCUGGCCGUUCGAGGAGGCCUUCCCUGAGACCAGACCUGGCGGCUCAGCAGCGCCCGUUCGCCAACCGCGCGUCGCGCCCGACGUCGCUGUCUACGGCGACGACCACGUGGAGCGCCGAUUCGCCGUUGGCUACAGACGCCACGUUCCGCUUCCCGGAGACGCAGCAGGCGGCCCCUGCCCUGCGCCGCUCCCGGUCUGUAGCGAGCAGCUCGAGGCCCAGAACAAGGAACAGUACCGAACAGCCCUUAACAGAUUUGGACAUAGGCGCGGUCUUAACACCGCCCUCACGCCCGCCACUCACUCGACAGAGAAGCGUACCACCUCAACGAGCUCUCUGCCAGUACCAGGAUAUAGAAGAGGAAGCAACUGACGUGGUGCAAGAGAACGGAGGGAGGAUUUGGCCUAUUGGAAACAAUCCCAGCUCCAGCCGUCACUCGAGGCCCGUUAGGCGACGCACGCCAUCAGCACCAUUAGUACAGCCCACCGUCCACAACCAGACGAUGCAACGUAGACGACAGGCAGAAUCACCAUACCCAUCUAGUUCUGACGAAAUGGAUAUUGAAGACGUGAGUGAGGUCGCAGAGGCCGACCAGCAGUGGAUGUUUGCUCGUGUAUACGGUCCCAGCACCAGUCGUGGCUCGGGGCACGUCUCACGUCGCGCCACCUCCGCUCCAUCAGUCGAGACUACGAUCGAGAUGCAGAACGUGCACCGCAGCAGGCGUGACGCCGAGUCCUCCUCGCCGCAGGCCCGAUCGUUUUCCACAAGGCAGACAGCACAGCAGGGCAGCGUUGGUUCAGUGACGGCGUCUCCUCACCGCCGCAUGUCCCGCAGACUGACGGCAUCGGCACGUGACGAGCAGCUGAGACGCCACGCGCAGGACUUGGCCCCCCUGGCGCGCAGCAGCUCUGGCUCUCGGAGUCCUUCCCCACGUCCUGCUCGAGUGUCUCUCAAGAAGUACAAGUCGGUGCGCAAUGCGCAGCAACGGGGCGGCGACGAAGUCUCUGCUACGCUCCAGAUUGAAAGCAGCUCAGAUUCAGAGAGCCCUGUCGUGCGCUUUAUUAGACGCAUUGCAUGCAGAGAGGAAACAGAGGCCAGAAUGGAGACACGACGGGGGCCUCAGGCCGAGUCGUUGCCUCCACCUCCGCCUCCGCCACCGCGAACCAAUUCAACCGCGAUGCCAGCCGUUUGCUUCGAUCUCCAGCGUCCGGCUCCAGCAAACGACUUUCAAGGACCCCUGGAACACGCUUUGCGGACGGUUGCCUGACGAACGCUUGUGGCUGUUGCCCUCGUAGGUCGUUCCGGACCUGAGGGACAGCGCCUAAACUUCGACUCGCUGAACACGCACAUCGAGGAGGCUGUCGAGCAAACACGCCUCGAAUACGAUAUGGAGAGGCGUCGCGGCGAGAUGGACCGUAUGUGCCUAGAGUGCCUCGAAGCACAGCAGCAGGCGCUGUGCGCCAGCGCCGGCAGCGCUGAGAGCGUGCAGCCUGAGCCCCAGCAACCACUGCGUAGACCUCGGUGGACGCGCGCGCUGUCGCCACGGCCGCUGCCGCGACGGCCGCCGUCGCCAGACAUUGUGUCCAGCGUGCGCAGCUUCUGCGCCAGACUCGUAGACUGUUUCAGAUGUGUCGAAGAGUAGCCCGCCACCAACAUCGGCUCUUCGACGCUCUAAAUCCCUUUCUUUAGUUCUCUAGCGUGUCUAAAUAAUGGUAUGAAUAACUGUAAUGUCUGCUUAAUAUUGUAGUUCUUUCAUAGUAGAUGUUGAAAUGUUAGUAAUUAAUGUCCUUUAACUAUAUUAUUUAACAAUAAGUAGUAUUUAGAUUUUAGAGAUCAUAAAUUAAUCGAAGACAUCAGCUCUUCGAUGCUGUUAAACCCUAUUUUUAGUUCUCCAGCGUGAGCCGGCCGCGGUGGUCUAGCGGUUCUGGCGCUGCAGUCCGGAACCGCGGGACUGCUACGGUCGCAGGUUCGAAUCCUGCCUCGGGCAUGGGUGUGUGUGAUGUCCUUAGGUUAGUUAGGUUUAAGUAGUUCUAAGUUCUAGGGGACUUAUGACCUAAGAUGUUGAGUCCCAUAGUGCUCAGAGCCAUUUGAACCAUUUUUUUUUCUCCAGCGUGUCUAAA